GGAACCGGGAGCCGGGACCGCUCGCCAUGCUGCCCGCGGCCGUCAGGAAGUGGCUGCGCCGGCCCAAGCGAUCCGACCCCAGGCUGCUGUCCCAGUUCUUCUACGCCGACGAGAGGGUGACCCGCGUGGUGAUGGAAAUAAAUGGGCUGGACGUGGAGACAGACCCUCAGCAAUACUUGGUGCUGCUAAACCAGCUGCACCUCAACCAGGCUCAUCUGCUGACCCUCAUCGAGCGGCUCAUGGACGAGUGCAUCCCCAAGGAGAGGCAUUGCCGUGACUACCUGGCCAAGUUCCCAGAGGAGCUCCUGGUGGACAAUCUGGGGACCCACGUGCUGUUUGCAGCUGAGUGUCUGGUGGCAGGCACCGUCCUGGGGCUGGAAGAGACGGAUGGCCUGCAGCUGCGUCCCCUGGCCAAGAACCUGCUGUGCAGCUUGCAGCUGGUGCGGAAAGUGCUGCGGGAGCAGAGCCUGAGCCAGGCCAGCAGCUGCUCGGAGCCCGUGCGCAUGGCGCUGAUCCGCUUUGACAUGCUCUUUGCUGAAUUUGAACUCAGCUACAUGGCCUCGCUGGUCUCGGUGAAGUCCCCAGAGGAGCUCUACAAGCAGCAGGAGAUCGUGGUGCUCUUCUGUGAGACGGUGGAGAGCAGAGCCUUGAAACUCGGCUACCUGAGCCAGGACAUGAUUGAUGGGUGUGAGCCGCUGCUGAUGUUCACCAUCCCCCGCCUGGCCAUCAUCAGUGGGCUCCUCAUCUAUCCCGAGGGGCCGCUCAGCCUGGAACGGACGCCUGAGGAGAUGUCCAGAGUCUUCAGCCCCUUUCACAGCAUGCUGAAAAAAAUCAGGGACCUGCUCCGCGUGCUGUCAGAGGAGGAGCUUGUCCUGCUGGAGAAGAUCCUGUGCGCUGCCGAAUCGGAGGGUCCUUGCAGCGCAGCCUCUCCUGAGCCCAGGGGCGAAGCGGCUCCGGACACUCAUCUCCCUGCCUCCCGGUGGUCCCCGGAGCCUGCCCGCAACUGCUCUCAGCACCGCCCUGCCUGCAGCUCCGAAACAGCUGCUAACCCAGACGCUGGAGCCCCAGGAACUGCCACUGGAGCCACACAAAGGGGCAAGGAGGAGGCAAAGGAGCCUGUGACCACUGACACUCUCCCCGAAACGCCCCUGAACAUGAGAACUAGUGAUGUGGAUGCAGCCUGCACUGGGUCAGCCUCGUCAGGCCUGUGGCCACCUGCUAAGGCCGUGCCCUCAGGGGAGCCUGGCAGAGCCGGCGAUCUCAGCAGGGACAUGUGGCUGCAGGUGCACUCCGCCGUGCCAGCAGGAGCAGGGCACGCUGGCAGCGUGGGGCCUCCCUGGGACAGAGGCCAGCAGUCCUGGGCAUGCUCCACGGGCCGUGGCCAGCUGGCACUAGUGGCUUCUGUGCCAUGGGAGCCGACUCUGCCAGGAGGGUGCGUGGAGGCCUGUGUGCAGAACGGGUGGGCGAGGCCAAGCCAGGCCCAGUCUUUCCCCCCACUCCUGCCUGGCAACAGCAGCAGGCCCCUGGGGCAACAGGCAGGCAGUGCCCAGGGCAGAGCGAUCCACGGGGCUGUGCUGAGCGUACGCCGGCCAGAGCUCCGCUCUCGUUACCGCAGCACCCGGGACAUGAUCCACACACUCUUCGUCUGCAUCUCUGGGGUGGCAGACCAGCUGCAGACCAACUUUGCCAGUGACCUGCGGAGCAUCCUGAAGACGGUGUUCCACAUCAUGACAUCCCAGCCCGAGGCCCCAGUGGUGACAGAUACUGGCCAGGAGGAAGAGGCGGGAGAAGCUUCCCACUUGGCAGACUGUGCUCUGUGCUCCAGCCACGGGGAGGGGAACGGGACCAGGCAAGGAGACGGCACCUCCAGGCUGCCCGAGUGGGUGCCGGAUGGCACAUGCAGCCAGUGCACAGCAUGUCAAUCACCCUUCACUGUGCUCCGCCGACGGCACCACUGCCGCAACUGUGGGAAGAUCUUCUGCUCUCGCUGCUCCCAGCACACGGCGCCACUCCCUCACUACGGCCUCCUGAAGCCAGUGCGUGUCUGCACUCACUGCUACACCACGCACCUCCCUGCCAGCCCCCAGCCCCUCAGCUGCCCCUGAGCUGCUCUCGGCUGUGUGUGUUGGCGGCCCCAGUGGAGUGGCUCAUCACAACCCCUCUGCCUCGGAAAGCUACCAAAGCCUGCUCAGGGAUUCCGGCAGCCUGCACUGCUUGCAGAGAGUGUGAGGACACUGCACAGACCUUGUGGGGAGCUCCUGGAAGGGCUCUCGCUACUUCUUGCCAUGAGGUUUUGAGCUUUAAGUCAAGGAAUCCCUGUCCGAGCUGGAGGGUGGGCUGUGGAGACAGCAGAUCCCUGUGUGGAUCUGAGCCAGGCAGCCGCACUCCAGCUGCCAUCUCGGCAAGAAAGGGAUCCCGCAGGGAUGGUGCCUGGGCUGGUGUGCGCUGCACUCCAGCCAAUCCUGCUGCUUCCUCUGACCCAAGCACAGCAGAUCCCACUGCUCCAUGGUGACCCAGCUGGACUGCUCUGAGCCAUUCCUCCCAGGUCCUAGUUAGAGGCGUUGGGACAGGCAGGAUCUGCUGCCUGAAGUGACUGUAGAGAGACAGCCUGGUGCUGGCCACUAGCUUCACCCCACAGGGCCCAGUUGCCCCAGCCUCUCGUGCCACUCACCCGAAGCUGGAUGGGUUCAGCAGCUUGGUUAGUGUCCCAAGCAAGCUCUGGGCCCGGCAGAGCUGAUGCUGUGGGGACUUGGCUCUGGGCCUGGCCAGCAGGAUGCGAAGUGCUGGCUCUGGUGCCAGUGGCCAGCCUCCUUUGCAGCAGCAAGGCAGGGUGGGGGCUUAGGAACAGGGGGAUGCCUCCUCCUCCCUUCUUUCCAUCCCCCCCCCCACCCCGUGCUGUGGGAGGGGGUUGCUGAACAGCUCAGAUCGGCCCCUUGGGCCCUGCGGCCACUGGGAGUGGUGCCAGGAGCUGGCUUGGCUUUGCACACGCUGUUUAAAGCAGGGCCUGGGAAAACCUCAGUGUUGUAUCUCAAGUGCUGCCCAGCCUUCCCUGGGGCCAAGAGGGGCUCUGGGUGCUCAAGGUUUGGCACGAGCAGUGACUAAAGCCGGAGCACCUAGACUGCCCAGUGGAGGGCAGCAGCUACCAGGCGCAGAGAAUAGACU